AUGUCCCACUCCAGGCUGCUGCUCCUCCUCGCCCUGCUCUGUGCCACCGAGAGCAGCCGGGCUCUCCACCUCUACAACCCCACCUCCAUCCUCAGCUGCCUCAACACGGCCCUUGCCGAGGGCCAGAAGAGCCUCCCGGAGGAAAACACCGUCAUGGACAAGCGCGGCUUCGAGUCCCCAUCACCAGAAGAGGGCUCUGAGGAGCAGGAAGGGGAUAACGUGGCAGAGGAAGGGAUAGGGAAAAGGACGUUCCCAGAGGAAGGCCAUUACAAAUACAUGUCCCAAGCGCAGGGGAAGGGGAAGUCGUACCAAAACCGAGCCAAUAGCGACCGCCGCACCAAGGUCACCCUCUCCCUCGAUGUCCCCACCAACAUCAUGAACAUCCUCUUCAACAUCGCCAAAGCCAAGAACUUGCGGGCGAAGGCGGCUGCCAAUGCCCAUCUCAUGGCGCAGAUUGGGAGGAGGAAGUGA